AUGGACGGCGACAGCGGGCUUAACAUCAUCUACAUCGGCACCUUAGAGGCGAUGGGCAUCAUGAUGACCCGGCUUAGCAAGAGCAACAUGCAGUUCCAUAGGGUAGACUUCAGAAGCGCUUACCACGCCAUCCUGGGUAGGCCCGCCUAUGCACGUUUCAUGGCUCGUCCAUGUUACGUGUAUCUUAAACUCAAGAUGCCAGGGCCUAGAAGCGUGAUCACUAUCACAUGCAAUCGGAAGUUGGCCGAAGAGUGCCUCCAGAAGGGCUCCCAGAUCACUGAUGAGCAGAUGGCGAUGGCCGAGUUGGACGAGUACAAGAAGGCAGCAGACCCGAGUGAACUUUUGAAGUCUAAGAAGCUGACUGUGGAAUCCGCUUUCCAGUCAGGAGGGGAGACGAAGCCGGUGCACAUCCAUCCUGAGGACCCGAAUGCUGCCCCGACCAACAUCUCCACCACCCUGGACAGCAAAUAG